AUGCUGGGCACCGAGUGGAAUCGAAUCAUCACGAAGGAUACUAAUCCUUUAGAAUUGGCUCUAAGAUUUCUUGAUGAGACAUCUGUUGGUUUGCAUCACAGGUUUGGUGAGUUCAUUGAAUUGAAGUCGAGAUUCGCUAGAGAUUUACAGGAGGUCGCGAAUGACAAUUACCAGGCCUUUAACGACAGUGUAGCGUCGUUUUCAAAGACUGUGGACUGUAUCACUGAUGCCCAAGAUACCUUGGCUGAUAUCAAGACAGGGGUUAGUAAUUCAUUGCAGAAAUUGGCAAUCAAAGAUGAGACUUUGAACGAUCUGAAUGAAGACUUCAUGAAACAGUCUAAAAUGAUCAGCACACUUACUGCAAUGGAAGAAGUGAUUAGAGCAAACGAGAAAGUGGAAAAAGCUCUAAUGAAUUCUGAUUUUACAGAAGCACAAGAGGCUUUAAGUCUAGGUUUCACUUUGGCAAAAGAACACGACCUUUGGGAAUUGGACGUAAUGAAGAACAUAAGGGAUCAGUUUACCAGUCAUGAACUGACUCUUUUCGAACUAUUGUUGGAAAGUAUAACAGAUAUUGUUUAUUCAAAGCGUGCUACCCAUGUUGGGGACGAUCAAAGUAUGUUCUCAGGCGAAAAAACCGAAGAUACUUUUGGUAGUUUGGAGAACUACCUUCAUCAUGUUAUUCAUGAGGAUAUUAGUGAAGAAUCUUACAAAAAGAAUCUCCUUCUUCGUGAGUUCCUUAAGAAAUUGGGCCAGGCCCAAUCAGAUGAUGACGAAUUUGCUGUAAAUGAGGAAACUGACUAUGAUAAAUUAUUCUCUUACAUGAAAACUCUACAUUUGAUGAACAAGUUGCCAUUGGCCCUCGAGCUUUUACAAAAGAAGAGUAAAGCUGAAAUCAAAAAUAUUGUCACAAAAUCUGUCGAUGAUAUGCGACUAAAACACCCAUCGAUACUGAAAAUAACUGCAUCUUUGCAAAACAAUAACACGAAUAAUGCCAAUCUUGGAAUUUCAGGCCAAGAUAUUUUGUCUGUAUUGAUUAGAAGAUUAUUCUGGGAUACGUUUAUAAAGUUCUUGACAGCAGUUCAAAACCAUUACGCUCUUUAUGAAAUAACAAAAGCAUUACAACCUCCUGCCACUUCAAACAUCUCAUACCCCUUUGUUGAAAUAUGGAAUACUAUUUUCCGCGUUGCAAAAGACCUCAUCUCAAAUUACACAAAGGACCCAGCUUUGGUGAGAAAUGUAAGGCAAAAACGCAGAGGUUCAAGUAACCUUUUACAAGUUAAAGGAACUAGUGAAGGUCAAAUAUUCUCCUUGCAAAGUAAUAUUGAAAAGGAUAACAACAGUCAACUUGGCCACGCUAAUGAGCUCAAAAGUAUGCUUACAGAAAUGUUUCCCGGCUUUGCAUUAUCGACUAAUAUCGACUUGGAAAAUAUCUACUUAACCGAAGAGAAGUAUGAAGCAGAUGAGACCUUGGUUCCUCCAAGUGUUUUCAAUAUGAGAAUGAUAUUAGAAUCUCUAUUAGUUUUCGUUCAAGGCUCAAAGGACCUAUUACCACCUUCACUAGAGGAAAAAACAAUUUCCGCUACAGAAUUCUUCUUGGAUCUAAUGGAGCUCGACUUCUUGCCUCAAUUGAGUCAAACUAUGAAUCAUUUGUACGAUACUCAAGUCGAAUCGAAUGUUCCAUUUGCCGUGGAGAAAUUUGUUAAUGGUACGCCGAUCUUGAAAAGUGCUAUUGAUUUCAAAAACCUAUUCUUCACAAUGUUGCAAACAACAAACGCGUCGAAUUUCUACAGAAAUAACGUUGCCAGCAUUCUAGUUUCUAUCUUGGAAAAGUUCUACAACUACUACUAUAGCAUCUACCAAUCAAUUUGUGGAACAGCAAAUACUGUAGUAAGCAAAAAGUUAAUAUCUGGAUGGUUGACGGAUAAGGCAGCAGGAAAAAUCACUAGCAAGAUAUUCAGUGGUGAUAAGAGUUUUGUGGAUGCCGAAACACAACGACUACUAGAACAAUGUCCAAGGGUCUUUCAAUCGCAGACUACUUUGGGGAAAUCAGAUUAUUUCAGUGACGCUACUAUUGACACACUAAUCCACUUUGCUACAACCCUUGAGUGGAUCUCAUCAUGGUUACCUGACCUCAUGAAGGAAGUAAAGGACACUGAACCUGCAAAUAUAGACAGAAGAAAAGAUGUGUCACACACAGAACUCCGGAGUAUGUGGUCGUUCUUCGAAGUGUCAGAAGUGGAUCUCUCAGACAAGACUGCCUCAUUGAAGUUCCUAUUGGCGGGCCAAAACAUGAAAAAAUUCCAAAAUGUAACUGAAAAACUAAGAAACUUACACUACUUGAUAUUACAAAGUGUAAGGUAUGACGUACGUGUCCGUUGUCUCUACCAUAUCAAUCAAAUGUUCUAUGCAUCGAAAUGGAAUCCAGAAGUCACAUCCAUCGAAUUGGACGAGAAUAUCAGUUCCUUGGUUUCAGAUCUAUCAUUUUUGCAUAACAAAUUGAAGGCUGCAUUCACUGCUGAACAUUCUAUACUCGUUUUCAUUGGAAUCUCUAACUUCAUGAACCAUGCGUUGAUAACUGGUUCCAAAUCAAUCACUAUCUUGAAUGUCCACGGGGCCAAAAAGUUAUUAAGAAACGUGAAUGCAUUGCAACAAGCAUGUAAAGCGGCUACAGAUGGCGGAGAUACAGAAGAUCUAUCCAAGUCUAUUUCAUUCUUCACAAUAUGCUCGUUAGACUCGGAAAAUGUUCUUGAAUACUUCCAAAAGGGAGAAUUGAAUGGUCUAACUAAAGAAGACGUCAAGAACGCAUUGAGAUUGGUAUUCAGCGAAGAACUACACAGACAGAGCAAGAGACAAAGUGGCACUAACCACCGUACCAUAUCGAUGUCCGCUAGCAAGCGUUUAGAAGAUGCUAUUAAGAAAGCAGACCAAUUUUUAACAUCAAAGGGAUUAGACUGA